AUGAUCUUGUGGUGAAGAAAAAGAAAACCUAUCUCUGGGCUAAUGAAAUUUGGGGAGCUAUUAGGGGCCUAGAAACAUUUGGUCAUCUUGUCUGGACAGGAAGUGACAGAUCUCUCUACAUCAAAGAGACAGUCAUCAGCGACUACCCAAGAUUUCCGCACCGGGGCCUACUCAUCGACACUUCGCGGCACUUCCUGUUUAAAGAGGUUAUUUUAGAUGUUCUGGAGUGUAUGGAGAUGAACAAGCUGAAUGUACUACAAUGGCAUAUAGUCGAUGAUCAGUCGUUUCCCUACCAGAGCCAGGUGUUCCCAGAGCUCAGCGCCAAAGGGCCUUUCCACCCGACAUAUAUCUAUUCGCUAGACGACAUUAGCGAAAUCAUCGAGUAUGCCCGGCUUCGUGGAAUUCGAGUGAUGCCCGAGUUUGACACGCCAGGUCAUACAUACGCAUGGGGAUUUAGUAGACCUGAACUUUUGACCCAGUGCUACUCCGGAAGUAACCCAGUGAAAGAUUACUUGGGUCCGAUUGAUCCUAGCACAAACUCCAGUUAUCGAUUCCUGGAGUCCUUGUUUGAGGAGAUUAUUGAUGUCUUCAAGGAUGAGUACUUCCACCUGGGUGGGGAUGAGGUGCCGCUGGGAUGCUGGCAGUCAAACCCUGAAGUGAUGAACUUUGCCAAGUAUCUAGCCAACCAGCCCUAUUUGCCAGGACAUCAGUCUGCAGGAAACUCCUGGUCGGAAGACAUCAAGAGAAUAGGUAUGUUGAUCAAUAUCACAAGUGAGAUAGGUCAGAGGAAACAGAAGAAGGUCAAGUACGUUAUGUGGCAAGAGGUGAUGAAAAAAAAUUUGCAACUUCCAAACGAUACAAUCAUUCAAGUGUGGAUGGGAGGCGCCAACGAUGUGCUGAAAGCAACUUCCAUGGGAUAUCAAGUUAUUUACUCCACCUGCUGGUACAUGGAUCAUAUUGACUACGGAACCCAAUGGACCAAGUUCUACAGCUGUGACCCCGUCAGUCAGACCCAUGGAUACAACAUUGAUGAGAAGAAAGUACUCGGGGGAGAAGCAGCAUUCUGGUCCGAAUAUUUUUCCAAUGAGAACCUUAUUCCCUUGAUGUGGCCUCGGGCAUCAGCAGCCGCAGAACGUUUGUGGAGCAGCAAAGAAGUGAACAACAUCGAUCAGGCAGCACAACGGCUGUCGGAACAUCGGUGUCGAAUGUUGAAGCGUGGUAUCGGUGCUGGGGAAAUCAGCGGACCCGGAUAUUGUUUACAUCCACCGCCCAAAAGUCGUCUUCGUAACGACAUUAUAGUCUGCAGGGGAAGCAACUGCAGCCAUACUCGGUCAGUCAUCAAAGGGGAUAUGGAGGUCUUUCUCAGAGCCAAAAGUCUGGCGGAGUGUGGCCGUGUUUUGAUUGGCAGCAAUGUCGAAAUAUUGGUCGUUAUGACAAUAUCCCUGUGUCUCAUUUUAGCCAUUUAUUUUGCAACGAAAUCAUCAAAUCGCUUUCAUCGAGUGAAACUCUGCAAAAAUCGUACAAUCUUGGGGGUAUUUGUGAUCGUGGUUCUAGUUUACUUUCUGUGCAACAGCUCCGUUUGGAUACGUUUUUAUGAAUAUUCCAGUAAAUUCCACAUAUGGUUCUUUCAUCACUUUGAAUAUGUAUAA